ACCCUUUUCAUUACAGUUUUGUAGAGGCCAUGGAAAUUGGUCAACCCCUUUUUCAAUUUUGCCCCCUCCCCUUUUAUAAUGUAAUAGUCCAGACUUUGCUUUACCUCUGAAAAUAAUGGACUGAUCCAAGAGUUGCCACAUCAGCAAGGGACAGGAAGUUGGCUUCAUUGUUCUUACAAGCAAUGACCCUGCCAACAUCUGCAAUAAAGUUGUCCUCAUGCAUUUCUGUAUCUUUGGCUGACAACUCUCCAUUAUUUCUUACAGGGUCACCAACUUCAUCAUUUUAAUGUAACUCUCGUAAGUGCCAUCUCUUGCAAUUACACGGGUGUAACAUUUGGAGGCACGAGAGGGGUAGGCGUGUCUGACGAGAAUUACAGUAGACCAAAUGCGCCUAUCCAGUGAAACGAACCAAGACCAGAUGCAACAGUAAACGGCAUCUAGACAGCCGACGGGACCAGCGAGUUGACUGGGUGUGCGAGACCAGGGUGUACCACCAGCGAGAGGAGGGAUCGCCUCAACAGGGAUUGCCUCAAGCCGCUGUCACGACUCGACCCCAGUGACGUCACCACGACCAUCGUUGCUGUCUAUCAAGUGAACAACAUGGAUAUCCUGGAAGUUGUCGAGAAGGUCAAUGCCAGAGUACGUGUCCUUUCCACUCAAAAGCUCCUUGGAGUAUGCGAGCACCUGGGGCUGGAGACCGGAGAUACGGCAGAGAAAGUCAAUGGUCAUCAGAGGCUGGUGCAGAACACGUACAGUGAUGAAGUCCUAGAUCGCGCCGAUGGAGGAAUUGAGCUGCUCCAAGGACUGGACGGAUUCAUCGAUGGAAUUGCUGGCCCCGAGGUUGUUCCGGAUGAGGCAGCUGUCUCAGCCAAGAGUGCAAAGCCUGACUCUUCAGACGAACCUUUGGAAGUCCAGCCAGCCCCUUUGAAGUUGGUCCCCGCUAAAUCCGAGCAACCAACUGUGGGACCAGAAGUCCUGAGUCUAAUGCGUCGUGAAUUCAAAAUUUUUGGACAGAUCGGAGAACCCGGCCAGAAGGACAGGCUGACAUUUACCAGCCUGGCACACCAAAUUGAGACUGGUCGUGAGAAGGGGUACCGGACAGUGAAGUCGUCCAAGGCGUAAUCCGAGCUAUUGUGCCGGGAGCAGCGCUGCGGAGUUACCUGGAGGGACGCAGACAAAUCACAUUGCCGAGUCUUCGCCGCAUUCUGAGAUGCCAUUACCAAGAGAGGGACGCCACGGAAUUGUACAAAGAGCUGGCGCAACUUGCCCAGGACCCGAAGGAGUCGUCUCAGGCAUUUCUCUUGAAGGCGCUUGACCUAAGACAGAAGGUCGUCUUUGCCAGUCAAGAGGCAGAGUCUGGACUGUUUUAUGACCCCAUUCUCGUGCAGAACAUGUUCCGGCAUGCCGUCUUGACAGGUUUGAGGAGCGACAGUAUCAAAGCUGAGUUACGCCCUCAUCUAGACGACCCAGAUUUGACCGACGAAACUGUCUUCGAAAAGUUGAGCGUGAGCUCAAGUUUGGAAGCAGAACGGCGAAAGAAACUUCAUCUCGCAAGGCCAGUCGCUGUCAACCAGCUUCAGGAGAACGAGCCUGCACCAAAAUCUCAACCAA